AUGUUACUUCUCGAAGACUUCUUUGAUUCUGCGUUGGUGAUUUGCAGGUGUAGUAAUGAAGGGAAGAAAGAGCUGGUGAAUUUAUUUUUACCUGAACUAGGGCAUCUGGUGACAGAAACAAAUAUUUGCUGUGCUCUGCGGCAGGAGGCUUUGAGGACUCUCAACUCUAUACUUGACAGUGUCCCGCGGGAGGAGAGGAAGAAAUUCCCUCUGUCUGAAGAGAUGUGCUCACUCACGAAAGACCUUGCAAAAACUAUACUGGAGGUUGGUGAUUAUGACCUUCAGGUUGCCCUUUCAGAAGCACUUUGUAGGUUAAUGACAAAAAAAUGGAGGGAUGACCUUGUUCACCACUGGUUUGAAGAUAACUAUCUUGCUGAAGCUUUCAAAGAGAUCAAGGAUAGAGAAUUUGAGACGGACUGCAGAAAAUUUCUUAACCAGCUCAAUGAAAGGCUUGGGGAUGAAAGAAGAGUCUAUUCAUUUCCUUGCAUAUCUGCUUUUGCUGACAUGAACGAGGUGAAGAAGCCAUCGGACGAGAAGCUGGAGGAGUUCUGGAUCGACUUCAACACUGGCAGCCAGAGUGUGACUUUCUACGUGGACAGUAAUGAGGGUGCUCUUUGGGACUCUGUGAGGUUGUCGAAAGAAGCGGUCAGCAGUUACAGCCUGAAGGAGGAAGAUGGAGAAAAGAUUGUUAAAAUUUAUAUGAAGAUUCCUGCUAUUCUUAACAAAACAGAAGCAACAAAAAUCAAAAUAUCUUUCAGUGCUGAGUUUGAAAUCUCAAGUAUACUUAGAAAAGUCCUGGGAGAUGAAAAAAUGAUGAUGAACGUGGCUGAAGAGGAGUUUGUCCAUGCUGGGAAGCAAGCCAGGCAGAAUGAAGCAGUGAUACCCGAGUCCACUAAUUCACAGGGCAGGAAGGAUCCUUCAAACUCUGAAAACAUGGACUCUCUACCAGACAACUUAACCUCUCAGCACAGCCAGCAGUUAACAGGCACCAAAAUGGUUAACUCUGGUGUCACCAUGAUUACAGUGAGCCAGCAGACUGAUGCGGAAGGUGCUAACCAAGCAAAAAAGUCCAAAACUCCAUCUCCAAGGAUGAAAGCUAAGCCUAGUGAGAAGCCCAUAGAAGAAGAACCUAUGGAGGAGUCAACAUCGAAGGUAUAUUCUCUUUUUUCUUUUCAGAAGGAUGUUGCCUGGGAAAAGAGAAACAGAAGAACAAGUUUGGCCAAGCAGAGGACUGAAGGCAGGAAGGAAAUCUAUGACUUUGAAAACUCAGACUCUGCCAGUCAUGAAAAGGUCGCUGAAGCCAAAGGAAAGAUUCUUGGCCAGAAAGUCUCCUCACAAAAUCAGAGGAAUUAUGAAACGGGAAACAAGAAUGAGGAAUCAAACAAGCUCGAGAGAAGGCAGUCCAGUUACAGGAAACAUCUCUUCUCUGAAAGCAACAAUGAAAAUACAAGCACUGGUCAGAGUGAAAAAAGUUGGAUCCUUGACUCUCAGAAACGGUCGUUGCCAAAAUCUCUUGACUAUACCCGAAAAAGACCGAGAGUGAGAAGUAAAUUAAAAGUGCUUCCAGUGUCUUCUGCAAGUAGUGGCAGUGACUACCAGACAGAGAAGCAAGGAGCAUCAAGGCGAAGAGCUCAAAAGGAGAUGCUAAAGAAAAAAAGCCCAUCCAGCUCCAAAGGAGAUGAUUUACCUACAGUGGAUCUUGAUGAUGAAAUGCUCUCAGAGGAGUUUGAAGGGGGUCCCCUGCCACUCGAUGCAUCUGCCAAGGGCUAUUCCAUUGAUGAGAUGGCCACGCAGAAGUUUCCUGAUGCAUCUGACAAAUUGUCAAGAGAAGAAGAAAGCUUUAAGCGGAAGGACUCAGAUAUAUUAAGCGGCACUGUCAUAAAAAAGCCUAAAUUUUCCAGUUGGGAAACAACUCAUUUGUCCUCUGACACUUCCUAUAAACCAAGGAAACUUUUUGAUUCAGUAGAGAAGGAAGAGGAGACCCAAACAGGUCAGGAAAUGGAUGAUGGUGUGGAUGAUGCAUUUUUUUCCAAGAUGCUGCGUGAAGAUUUCAGUGAUUCAGGGGUGAUUACUGCCUUUGAAAGCUUUAUCGACCAACUAAAGAAAUUGUUCUGGACUCGGUACAAAAGGAUGGAGACCAGCGCGCAGAACAUCCUGAGGACUUCGGAGAAGAACGUGUCCGCCCUGCUGAACCAGAUACACAAGUGCCGGCUGAGUAAGCUGGAGACCUUCCAGAAGAUUGUUGUUGAAGAGCUUGCCAGUCUCGAGAAGGAAACUCAAGUCUUGGCAAACAUGGAGAAGGAUGCAAUGGACUUCUGGAAUGCGCAGUUGCUCAAACUGAGUUCUUUCUGCAACCAGCAAAAGCAAAGAAUUCAGUCUGUUGACUCAGCCCUGGGUGAAACAGCAAAGAGUUUUGCUGACACUCUCCAGAAUACAACGUAUGAACGCCCAAUGAAGAAGGCAGUAGAAAACAAUGUGUUCAUUGUUACUUCUGACUAGCAAACCCCUGAAUUCAUCAGAGGUCUUAAUGUUUGAGCAUCUUAUGCAACAUAGAGAAGAUGGUA